GGCAACAAAAUAAUUUCGUUAGAUGAGCAAUGCCUUUGGAUCUGGUCGCUCGAAGAAAAUGGAGGGGGAUGAGACAAUCAAAGAAGUAUUAUCGUAUUUGGACUCCCGCAUCGUAUGUUUUCUUGGGGUACACAAACACCGAGGCUUGUCAUGACUAUGGGCAGUGCCAGAGACAGCUGGCGUAUCUGCAGAGUAGAAAGGGUCGCUUGAAUUAUCGCUCUGACAUUGCAUACAAUUUUCUUAUAUCCAGUGAGGGGGUAGUAUACGAAGCACGAGGGUGGAAAAGCAGGUCUUGCCUCCCAAAAAGGUUCACCAUCCCCAAACGGAGGCGAAGACGACCCGAAAGUUUCAAUGUGCGUGGCUACUAUAUUGGCUACAUCGGAAAAUAUUGGAAUCAUCCACCGUCAAGAAGAAUGAAAAAUGCUCUUAACGAAUGGUUAUGCUUUGCGGUAGAAAAUGAAUUUAUAACCAAAAAGUUCACCAUGUUCACCAUAAACGUCCAUGUUGACAGAUUAAGAAGAGAAUACCAUCGGCUGAAAGGCAGUCAUGAACCUUUUUUACCAAUGCCUGAUGUGUUAACGAACGUUAGACCUAGAUUUCAAUCAUUGGAUAAAGAUGUAAAGUCUUAAGAAUCUAAGUUAAUCUAAUUUUUAUAAUUAUAAAAUUAUUUUGCAUUUGGUUUUCGUAUAUGGUACCUAAUUGUUUGUAUCUUAUUUGUAUCGUGAUAUGUUUUGGAAAUUGAUUACAAAAUUAGAAAAAAAUGUUUUGUACAAAAUGGUGGGUUUUGCACAAAUUUGUAAAAAUUAAUUAUCAAUAUAGUAGUUAGUAGUAUAUUAGAAUUAGUAUUAGUGGUGUAAACACCAACAGAGCUAUCUUAACUAUUAAUCACUCAUUAAAGAAAACUACUUAAUAUCUUUAUUUGAACUACGCAAACUUACGGGUAAUAUACAAAUGGACGAAAAUUAAAGUGCAUUUUUAGUGUGAAAAUACAAAUGGAUACUUACCAUACAAGUAAAUGGCUAUUAAUUCUUAGGUAGUCCUCAUAAGUCAACCAGUAUCAACAACUAUGUUGAAUUAAUGUAAAAUAAAGUUAUUUAUUAUAAUUAUUCUACGA